AUGAGACUUGGUACAGUUGUUCCCGUAGGUCUUCCUCAUAGUACAAUGUGUGAUACAAGAGUUGGAGGUUAUGAUGUUCCAAAGGAUAUAGUGGUUAUGAUUAAUCACUGGGCACUUCAUCGUGAUCCUAACUAUUGGAAAGACGUGGAGAAAUUUGAUCCUACACGCUUCCCCGAGGAAAAUGGAAAGCUUGGUAUGAAAUCAGAAAGCUGGUUACCAUUCUCUGCAGGGAGACGUGUAUGUCUAGGAGAAGUUGUUGCUAAACCAGAACUUCAUUUGAUUUUUGCAACGAUUAUGUAA